UUGGUGGUCUUGAGAGAGAAAGAGGUAGAGAGAGAAUGCAUUCAAAUUUCCUGCGCGUUUUCUCCUUCGUAACCAUCCACCCCCGUUGUCAUCUGAAACUGUUUUCAUUUCCUCUCGAUUGCGGCACCCUAGGGCAUCCCAUUCCCUUCAAACCCAAGUCCUCAAUGGCCCCUCCUCCUCCUCCUCCUCCUGCUUCAAGAAUUGGGCUGAGCUUAGAAGAAUGGCAAGGUUGGGGGACUUCUUCCCCUGUUCCUGCUAUGGUGAACACUAUCUUUGAUGAUCUCAGAGCCUUAGAGAGAGAAAUGGACGAACCCAUUAACUUCUCUGGCCCACGGGGGAAGCUUCAGGGUGAAUAUAAAUAUAUGGAGGAUAGAAAACAUAGGGAAGCUUAUGAUGCUAUGACAGAUUCAGAAGAGAAGUUACAAUUCUUUUCUGCUAGGCAAAUAUCAUGUCGUUUGUUGGGAAGCAGGGGAUAUCUGUGUCAAAAAUGCUGGCUUGCUUCAACGGAUUGCAUGUGUUCAAAUAUUGUAAACUGCUCUCUAUGGAAUGGAUUGAGGUUUUGGGUUUAUAUGCAUCCUAAGGAUUUCUUACGACAAAACAAUACGGGAAAACUGUUGUGGCAGAUAUUUGGUGUUCAAUCUGCAUGCUUGUGCCUUUUUGGUGUCCGUGAACAUGAAGAAAGCAUGUGGAGUGCCUUCCAAUUUGCAGGGAAAUGCAAGGUAUGGUGCCUUUAUCCUGAUCAACAUGCAACUACACAAUCUAUAGAGGACAUUGGCUUUCCUAAUUUAUUGGCAAGUUCAGAUAGUCCAGCUACAAUGAUGUGCCAAGAGCAGCCUGUAAACUUCGUUUUAAUUGAUGGGACAUGGAACAAUUCAGCUGCGAUGUUUAGGCGUUUGAAGCAACGCGCGAGGAUCGAAUGGGGAACUGAGGAUUUUCCCUGCCUUUCUUUUCCGAACUCCACUGUCUCGGUGAUGCAUAAACUCAGGCCUCAACCAUCUUGGGAUCGUACCUGUACAGCAGCAGCUGCUGUUCAACUUCUCUCUGAGUUGAGUCAUCUUCCUUCGCUAGAGUCAAAAGGGUUAGAUAAGCAGGCCGAAGCCCUAGGGAAUGCCUUAGUUGUUUUGUUGGAUGCCCUAAUCAAUCGCCGCAAGCGCAUGGGCAGAUCCAUCACACGCAGAGAAAGGAGCAACAACAACAGAAGCUAUCAGAAACAUGAGUGAGAGACCUGCUUAUGAGUAACUAUAUUUCCUUGGGGCCGAAAUGCUUAUGAAUCUUCAGGAUAUCCAUGUCAUGCCCCUCAUGUCAUGAUAAUGAUGGGGCAUGUCAUUUGAUGCAUAUUCUUCUGGAGGCGGGAGGAAAGAAAAAGGUGGGGUUUGGCAUGUGAGUGUAUCCCUACAUGGAUGGCAUGAGUGCAUGUAGAUCAAUGCAAUUCCCUUCUUGUGUACCUUGACAUCAUGUUUUAUCAUCUGGCCUAUGCAAGUGGAUUAAUAACAUGUGCUGGUUUUUCAUCUGGUACCAUCAAAAGUUGAUAUGGGCAGCAUGCCUACUUUCUCCACCAUGUAGCAUUACUUUGUACCACAUGCAAGACAUUGAUUGUUCAAAUAUGGAACAACGCAAUUCCCUUCUUUACAA